AUGGCUUCUAGGCAGCCGAGUUCCAACAGGCAGCGAGCGAACGAACAGCAACCGGACGACGACGAAGACGACGACUCAGACGCCGAGGAGUCCGGCCCGAGCCGCAGCCCCAGCCCGAGUCCGAACCCGAGCCCGAGCCGGAACCCCAGGAGGUCCCAGAUCAUUCACAGCGGACACUUCAUGGUGUCGUCGCCGCACAGCGAACACCCGCCGAAGAAAGGCUACGACUUCGACACCGUCAACAAGCAGACUUGUCAGACGUACCACUUCGGCAAAGCAAGCACGUCUCACAUCUCCAUCGACGCCUCGCUCACCAAACUCUUCGAGUGCAUGACGCUAGCUUACAGCGGUAAGCUGGUGUCUCCCAAGUGGAAAAACUUCAAGGGUUUAAAGCUGCUCUGGCGGGACAAGAUCCGCCUCAACAACGCUAUCUGGAGGGCGUGGUACAUGCAGUAUGUGGAGAGAAGACAAAAUCCCGUUUGUCACUUUGUAACCCCUUUGGAAGGAAACAUUGACCUGGAAGCCCAUCGUACCUCGGAGAUGAUCACCACCGAGGGCAAGUGCUGGAAGAGAAGAAUCGAAGUGGUCAUCCGAGAGUAUCACAAAUGGAGGACCUACUUCAAGAAAAGAUUACAGAAACAUAAGGAUGACGACCUUUCAAGUUUGCUCAAGGGGCCCGAGGAGCAGUUAGCGCUGUUCGGGGAAGUCUCUCCAGACACGCUCCGUGCUUGCUUUUGUCAGGAUGAAGAUAGUCCGGCCCCCGUGCCCAUGGAGCUGGAGGGCUUCUUCGACGUGGAAGUCCUGAUGUCCGAGGUGUCCGACACGCUCUUCUCCACCUUGGUGUCGCACCAGCCCGCCUCCUGGCCCAAUCCCAAGGAGAACGCUCAUGCAGUGAAUGCAGACAUGAUUCAACCAGGACUCUUGCAGUUACAGCCUAACCUGGAUUUUUCUUUUGAUCCACUACAAGACUUAUUUCACAGCUUCCGUACGCCCGUCUUCCUCCCCGUUUCCCCCACCGCACCGUCAGUCACCCCAAUGCCCAGCAGCAGCUCUCCGCCGCAGAGCCAAUUAUUGUUGUCCACGCAGCUCACGGACGGCCACAUCCCGUCUCCCGUGACGAGCGCGACCGGCACCAUCGCGGACAACUAUUUGCCUCUUUAUCCUGGCCAUUCGACACUUAGCGACCACGCCGCCAUCUCCUCCCACGAUCCUCUGGUGCCGCAGUGCCCGUCGGCGGCCUCGGGCGAAAGCGGCGCGACCUCUCGGGCUUCCGGAUGCGCCGCUCCGCCCCGGCCGUCGUCCGUGGCGCCGAUGCCGGGCACGCCGGCCGCCGGCGGCCCCCCGCCGCCACCGCCUCACACCUUUGCCCGUCCUAGAUAUCUCCAGCCGCCCGACGCCAACAAAAAACGAGACUUGAAGAAGAUUACCCCGGCCAACUCUGUCUCUCCGCAGCAGCUCUUCAUCACAGGUGUCAUCCCAGGCAUGAAAACGGAUGUGGCAUCGUCUCCCGGUGUGCUGAUCGCUCAUUGCGGCGUGGCUGGUGGAUUCUACCAGAAGUCUCCUCAGUGCAUCGUUCCCUUCGAGAAAUCCUUUUCCUCCAGCCAGAGAAACCAGGAGGUGGCUUCAGGUGUCAUUCAGGGCCGGCCAAGUUCUCCUUGUGCUUUAGAUCAAGUUACUAGUCCGCAAUCACUGAUCAGCAGCAGCAGCAGCAGCAGCACAACAGCCCUGAUCCCGAGGAGAGCGCACAUCGCCGAUCAGAAGAGACGAUCAAAUAUAAACCAUUCCUUCAAAACGCUGGGCGGCCUGGUUCCCAGCCUCAACUCGCAAGCCAAUAUAAGUAUUGCCGUCACAAUGCAGAAGACGGUAGAGCACAUCGAGAAGCUCAAACAGGAGCGGGAGCAAAUGCAGGAAGAAAUCAGUAAGCUGCAGGAGGAGAUUGUCAGCCUCAAGGCCUCCAUCAACCAGUGUCACGACCAGAUGCCGGCCACGGGAGCUCAGGUCACGCAGCGACGCUUCGACCACAUGCGGAGCAAGUUCAAUGAGUAUGUCAAGCAGCGUUCCCGGCAGAACUGGAAGUUCUGGAUUGUAUCCUCUUUGUUUGUGUUUAGAGUUGCGAGCUGCCAGUUCAGCGUCAUUAUCACGCCCCUCUUCGAGUCCUUCAACAAGAUGGUGUCGACCGCCAGCGGAACCGAGCUUUGCAAGACUACGCUGGAGUGGCUGGAACGUCACUGCUCUUUGGUCGCGCUCAGGCCCCUGGUCAGCAGUAGCCUCUGCUACCUGAGCACCAGCACGUCCAUCCUCAGCGAUCCGUCGCGCUUGCCCGAAGAAGCCGUCCAGGCCUUGAGGCGCGCCGACUCGGAGCCUCCCUCUCAGACCGCUUGA